AUGGUGGAGCAGAUGACCACCAGAGUGGAGCUGAUGGAGCAGGGAACCACCACAGCUGAUCAGGCUGGACUGGAAUACAGAGCACAGAGAGGUUAUCAGCGGCCUCUGUGGCCGAAACAGGACAGGCAAAGAGUUCACACCGCCACCUCAGGAGGAGCUGGAGCGGAUGUUGCAGCUUCGGGAGUUUUUGCAGUGCAAGCUGCCACCUCAGGAGGAACUGGAGCGGAUGCUGCAACUUCGGGAGUUUCUGCAGCGCAAGCUGCCACCUCGGGAGGAGAUGGACUCACUAGAGUCAUAGGAACAGGAAACGGCACUCCAGGCUAUGACGAGGGAACUGGAGUCAUUGGAACAGGGAAUGGCACUCCUGGCCGUGACGAGGGAACUGGAGUCAUAGGAACAGGAAACGGCACUCCAAGCCGUAACGAGGGAACUGGAGUGAUUGGAACAGGGAAUGGCACUCCUGGCCGUGACGAGGGAACUGGAGUCAUAGGAACAGGAAACAGCACUCCAAGCCGUGAUGAGGGAACUGGAGUCAUUGGAACAGGAAACGGCACUCCUGGCCGAAACGGCACUCCUGGCCGGGACCAGGGAAGUGGAGUCAUUGGAACAGGAAACGGCACUCCUGGCCGUGACGAGGGAACUGGAGUCAUAGGAACAGGAAACAGCACUCCAAGCCGUGAUGACCAGGGAACUGGAGUCAUUGGAACAGGAAACGGCACUCCUGGCCGUGACCAGGGAACUGGAGUCAUUGGAACAGGGAAUGACACUCCUGGCUGUGACAAGGGAACUGGAGUCAUUGGAACAGGAAACGGCAGUCCUGGCCGUGAUGAGUGA